GCUACAAAUGAGAAACGAUCCAGUCGUAAAUACGGAGUAAUUCAUAACACACAACCAUAAAAUAAUCUGCUAUAGGAAUUAUGAAGUUGUUUGUUGAGGAACGUUAAACAAUACAAAUUAUUGUGUAUGUUUGAUUCUUGUAUACGCUGGUUUGUUUAUUUCAAGCUGUUGAUGUAAUCCGACCGACUAUACAUCCAUUUAAGUGACGCAUAUUGGACUAUGACAACGAACAUUUGAUAGUGUACGACUGCACACAAUUUAAAAAUACAUUUUUCAAGGAUUUUUUUAUGAACUGAAACAUUUCUUUGUUGUUGUUUGUUUUUGAAGCAGACGAUAUCUUUAACAGACGGAAUAUACCUUCAUCAUGACAAAUGGUACAGAAGACAGUUCUUCAAUGAUGAAUAAUGGUGUGAUGCAGGACAUAGGUAACCUGGCCAACAGCGUGACAGGUGAAUCCCCAUCAUAUGGCAAGGCAUGUGCAGGUUGUGGUGGCAGAAUCUUGGACCGAUUCCUGCUACACGCGAUGGAAAGAUAUUGGCACACAGGUUGUUUAAAGUGCUCUUGUUGUCAGACAAAUUUAGAACAAUUAGGAUCGUGUUUUACCAGAUCUGGGAUGAUACUGUGUAAAAAUGAUUACUUACGGAUGUUUGGGUCCGGUGGAUUGUGUGCAGGAUGUGGACAGACUAUUCCGCCAAGUGAACUUGUAAUGAGAGCUCAAGCAAGCGUGUAUCAUGUGAACUGUUUCAAGUGUGUAACAUGUCAAGCUCCACUUGCCCCAGGUGACAGAUUUUGUGUUAUAAAUGGUGGUGUUUUCUGUGAACAAGACUAUCCAAAAGUGCUUAAAGGACACAUGCAGAAUGGCUCUCCACGAGCAAAUCACAAAGUGCGAGAAAUGAUACAAAUGUCAAAUUAAAGGAUACCAUGUUUUAUUUCUUGCGGUUCUAGUCAUGACUUCCGGUUUGAUGAUCGUAUGAUUUUCCAAAUUAGAAUAAUUUAAAAGCUAUGACCAGGAGGAAAUUUGCUAGUCUUUCAUUUCUUCCAUUUUCCCAAAAAAUCAGAAAAAUAAGAUUUUGUUCUUUCAUGAACAUGAUUAUAUCCUGCAGGAGUAUACAUGUACAACUUUGAUAUUUAGUACAUACUAAUUCAUAUUUGCCUCUGAACCAAGGACGUAUAACUAACAUACGUCCUUGCCUGAACUAAUGUGAUCAUUCUCAAUGCUUUUAAUUGUAAAUGAAGGUUAAUUUUAUUUGUAAGUUAUAUAUGGACAUAAAAUAUUAAUGGAGAUGACUAUCAUGGAAUUUAAUACAUACUAAAAAAAUGGUUUUUGAAAUGUUAAAAAUGACCAUUACAGACUUAUACAGUUGCCUGCAUUUGUACCUGUUUCUGAGUAUUGUAUAUUUCAUUGUUAUGUUGAUAUUUUGUUAUGAAAUGAUAUCUUGCAAGUGCUGGCAUGGUAAACAAAAAUUGUACAUAUACAUUAUUAUUAUUAUUGUAUGAAUUUAUGAUGACAAAUUAAAGAUUUUAAACAAA